AUGUGGAAAACUAAUUUGUGUUUAUUGACCAUAAUUGUCUUUCCCACUCAGUUAUUGUUGGCCAAGCGAAAUUUCGAUGUGGAAAUAUACAAUGUAACCUGCACAAAAUUUGAUAAAGUUCUAAAGCGUUUCGACUGCAAUUCUAUAAUGAUUACAAAAGGUCGUUAUUUGGCAGACGUGGUCCUUGUAUUGGCUCGUACUUUGGACAAAGAAGCCGAAUUUCAAUUUCUUGUGCAUUUUAGACCUGUCAAAGGAGAAAAAUCGGUGAAAUUUUUGGAUGUCAAAUUGAAUGUUUGUGAUGUCUUAAGCAAAACAAGCAGUGUGCCUCUGCUUAAAACCCUAAUGGACGAGGUACGUAGGAAAGGUAAUCUGCCCUACGAUUGCCCCAUGAAAGGUAACUAUUUGUACUCGUUGGUGAAUUACAGUUUAGAUGCUUCUUUAUUGCCCGCUUAUGCGCCUAUUUUGGCAUUCAACUUUACUUGGACAGUUUUUGAAUACCGGGCGCAACUGUUCCAAGAAACUGAGAAAGAGAACAAAGUACAACUUUUGUAUAAAAAAAUAAAUAUUUGCUUGUAUGAAUUAAGACUAGAAUCAUAUACGGGGCAAUAA